UCGGCGGCUCCUCUCGGACGCACCAUGAGCGGCCCCGGCGGGGAGGCGGGGAGCGGGACCCCCCCGGCGGGGAGCGAGGACACCCCGGUGGGCAGCGGCGACCCCCCGGCACUGCCCGGGAACUACGAGCUGGCCGGCAAGGUGAUGUUACUUGGAGACUCAGGCGUGGGGAAAACCUGCUUCCUGCUCCAGUUCAAAGAUGGAGCCUUUCUCUCCGGGACUUUCAUAGCCACCGUGGGCAUAGAUUUCCGGAACAAAGUGGUGGCCGUGGAUGGCGUGAAGGUGAAGCUGCAGAUCUGGGACACGGCAGGACAGGAGCGUUUCCGCAGCGUCACCCACGCCUACUACAGGGAUGCCCAAGCCCUGCUGCUGCUCUACGAUAUCACCAGCAAGAUGUCCUUCGACAACAUCCGUGCCUGGCUGACCGAGAUCCACGAGUAUGCCCAGAAGGACGUGGUCAUCAUGCUGCUGGGCAAUAAGGCCGACGUGAGCAGUGAACGGGCUGUGAGGACAGAGGAUGGAGCAUCGCUGGCCAGGGAGUACGGGGUGCCUUUCAUGGAGACCAGUGCCAAGACGGGCAUGAACGUGGAGUUGGCCUUCCUGGCCAUUGCCAAGGAGCUGAAGCAGCGCGCGCUGCAGCCGCCGGACGAGCCCCGCUUCCAGAUCCACGACUACAUCGAGUCACAGAAGAAGAAAUCUGCCUGUUGUGCCUUCGCCUGAGAGCGGCCAGGAGGAGCCGGCAGCCCUGAGGGUGCGGGCAGGGUGGGGGCCCAAUACUGUCGUUGAACACCCAAGGGAAUAAGGACUCUGAAAAGCCAUGAGUGGACAGGACAAUACAGCAGAGCGGGGCGUGCACGAGGAGAGACAUGGCCCCAGCACCAGCAUCCAGGGGCUGGAUCCUGCUGCCCUGAGGGGUAAUGCCUGGAGCUCACCGUCUGCCACCGGAGGAAUAACAGCAGUGGGAUGCCUGCCAGCCUGGCCAGUGAGCCCCACUGAUACCUCCACACCCGAGCAGGGUGCAGGAUACAGCUCUGUGCCUAGCUGAGGGACCCUUGGAACAGCUGGAGGGACUGUGUUGUGUGACAUGGCUGAGCCCCUGCACAGCCCCUGGCCCUGUCCUUCCCUGCUCUCAGCACUGCUCUUGUCUAGCUGGAAGUGCCUGAUCCAGCCCCUUGUAUCCCUGGAGAUGCCCUCCAGCCACAGCUCUGCCCCUCUGGAACUGCCCCACGCUUGGCUGUGGCAUCUUGCUGCUGUGAUUGCUGCUGUUGGCUUUUAUGCUCCUGCCAUCAUGAGGGCAGCAAUGUUCCUGUUGUGUCCUGGUUUGGGCUUGGGAAGUGUCUGGCCAAGCCUGCUCCCUGCCCCGGGUGUGAGAAACACAGCUCCCCUGGGAGUGCCUGGGCCACAAUUGGGGCAUUUGUACACACAGCAAUGUGGAAAAACCUUUGUUUCCCCUCUUUUGUAGCCAAAGGAAUUAGAGACUUUUUUGUUGUUGUUAAAUGAGAAAAGCCUUUUUCUUUUCAGUCCCUCCAGACAAAACCAUCUCCGGCCUCCCGCAAGCUGGAGCUGCUGGAGAGGAGAUGGCCGUGGUGGCCUGGAGCAGCAGCUGGAUGCCAAGGCAGGCUGGGUUUCUCUCCCAUCACUGCACAUGUAAUGCCACUGUUCCUUCGUGCUGCUGGCAAAAAAAAGCAGCUGAAACCCACUCUCUGGAGAGCAGAUGCCUGAGAUGCUUCAGCCAGCAAAUGCUGCUACAUUGGCCACUGGCAGGUCCCAUGAUCCUGCAUAUCCCUGUGCUCUGCCUGCUGCUGGGUCUCUCUUUGCAAGUUUACAGAAUAAAGCUGGGUAUU